UCGUCUUCUUUCACUGACCUUACAACAAAAUCUUUGUUUCACAAUGUACUACUUUAAACAAUAAUGAUGCAUAACUUGACAAUCAUGUACAAAAUUACUUUAGCAACAUGUACAAUAUCUCACUUAGCUCAAUUUUCUGAACUUUUUACAUGAAAAAGGAAAAUAUAACACGCAUUAGACUUGUUCAAAUGUGAUAAUGUAGAGCUUUGACCACCAAUAACCUAUGAAAUAUAUGUCACUGAGUGCUUAUAAUUUUGAUUGAAUUUUCCUUUUCUCUAAAGUGUCUUUUCGAGGAAAAAAUAAUUUUUUUAAAUAUGAAAGCUUCAAUUGUGAUUGGCAAGAUAAAGGGAGGUAGCUCGUGCAAACAGUUCUCAGCAAAUUCAAAAUAGAGUUACUUCUCUUCCUGCGUGGCAGAAACGGAAAUACGCUACUACCAUGGAGAUACCAAGAUGGCUGAUCAACAAUCAUUCGAAGAGCAAAAAAACCCUUGUAUUUGGGAAGAGAAUUAUUAUAGAGACGCAGUUGAGAAACAAGCAUGUGAUUUUAGUCCGGGGACUGUUGUCAGCUUUAUUUAGGUGUAUCAUGGCGGUAGCAACUCUUAUAAGCGGUGUUAGUACAAGUGAUAUCUGGAGUGGUGGUACUGUUGAUUACAAACCUGACCUGGGAAAUGAAACUUCAGAAUUCAAAAUACUGACACAGCGUCGACAAAAUGAAGAGGAAAAGAAAGCACGUUAUCACUGGAGCUUACUAAGAGACUCAAUAAAAAAUGUUUGCCAAGCUGUGGAACAUGCUGAUGCAAAGGAUACCACCAUUUCCCAUGGAAUAUAUCAUGAUCGCAAAAUUAAUCACACACAUGACAUACAGCAUGCUGUUUUCAUUCCACAGAAAAAGGAAUAUUUGACAGCAGAUGGAAAAUUAUUUCAGAUAUUCUACAGUGAUGGGCGUAAGAAAGUGACAGUUAAGUUGGAAGAGGGUAUGAACCGUGUGGUGUAUGCUUCACAAACCAAUCAAUACAUUGGUUGGAUUCACAAAGAAUCUACUCUUUUUUUGAUGAAUGAAAACUUUGAAGUCAAAUCCCAGUCACGGACCACAGGGAACAUAUACCUUGCAGAUUAUAAUCCCUGUACAGGAGAGAUUAUCACUGUUGGCCCUGGCUUUAUUACAUGCUGGGCUUUCCGAUACAAUGCUCGACAUCUCAUUCCUCGCAAAUCUGUGAACACAAAAUUUGCGGGAGGGAACAUGUUUUCCAUCAUGGUGCUGGAGGAGACUGCAAGUCAAAGGCAGCGUCUGUUCUUUGCUUGUGCCAAUGGAGUGGUGGUCUACAGUGUAUUAGAAGGCGAGCUGCUAGUGCAUCGGAAGGAACUGCAUGUCCGCACAAUCACUGCCAUGACUUUCUUUAAUCCACUGAAAUACCUCAUCACUGGGGCACAAGAUGGCUGCAUCAAAGUGUGGGACAAGAACUGGCAGGUUGUGAUGGUGUUUGUUGGCCACAGUCAAGCAGUCAAUGCACUAGCUAUCUACCCCCAUGGGCCUUCAUUCAUAUCAGCUUCCCAUGAUUGUACCAUUCGUGUUUGGAGCUUUGAAACCUGCGAUGAAGUUGACAAAACAUCAUUGACUGAACCUGUCAAAGGUCUAUUUACUUUAAUGAAUUAUGACGUGUUCUUCACAUUUUCUGGCACGAAAAUUGACUUAUGGAAUCUGCAGCAUCUCUAUUAUGUCCAUACGAAUAUAGGGUAUAGAGUGAACAGAAUAAAACUGACAACACAUCCAGGAUUCCCAGCACGUGCAGUGCUUUUGUGUCGUGAUUCCAGUGUGCGCAUAGUAUCACCACCUUCAGGAGAAGUCCUCACAACACUUCUAAUGGCACCCUUUGUAGGAAUAGUGGAUGCUGCAUAUGCCAUUGCAGAAAACACAAUGUUUGUGGUGAAGGGAAAUGGAGAUAUCAUCAAGUGUCGUACAGAUGUCAAUCCAUGCAAAAUAUUAGCAAGUUGGAAAUGCAGUUCCCCAGAAGAGAUAUGCAGCUGUUUGCUUGUGUACGAAUAUGUGGUGGAUCCCAUUGAAGCUUCCAUGUGGAGCAAAACGAGUGCACAAACAACUGCCGGGUCUCACAAGAAAUCUGAGUCACGAAAUCGUACAUUGCUCUUGGGUGGACGACAAGAUGGAUACAUAUGUGUCUACAACAGGCAGACUGGUGCUGCUUACUUUAAAGUGGAUGCCCAUGAGAAGAAAGGUGUACUGAGCAUGAUUGCGAACUCAAAGUUAAACCAGUUGAUCACUGCUGGUAAAGAUAACAUUAUCAAGGUGUGGAGGAUAUUUGCUUUCGCUGAAGAAGCCUUGGCCCCGAUGAUGUCAUUUUACUGUGCUCACUCGCCAGCCCAUCUGUCUACUAUCAAAUCCUCUCUUUGUGUUGCAUUCCAAGACCCUGACACUGCCACUUUCUCCAUUGUUCUCUAUAACUUACCUGACAAAGACCGCCGUGAUCACAAGCCAGACGAUGACCACAGGGAUACCAUCACUGGUCUGACGUCAUGUGGCCGCAUGAAGCUGUUUGCGUCCAGUAGCAUGGAUGGAACAGUUCGAAUAUGGAACGAGCAAAAUAUUCUUGUCAGGGUCCUGCGCCUCAAUGCCAUACCCAAUAGCAUCGCGUUCUGUAGCUCUCGAGGUGACCUUUUGCUGGGAGUGGGUCAGCACCUCUUCCACAUUCCCUGGAAAAAAUAUUUGCCCAAGCCCUACCUACGCAAGAUGGUGUCCAUGCGCUUCAUGCUGCCAAAACCAGAAGAACCCUUGCAGUACGACAUCGACUCUCUCAGUGUCAUGGACAAGGAUGACGUCCGUCGCAUGAAGAGCGCUCACGCCUCUUUCAAGAUUGUCGACUUCGAAGACACACGUACGGUGGAUGAAAAUGAACAAGUUCGGCUUGAAAAGAUGACAAAAACAAAGGCCUUCCAGGAGCUGGAGCUGCGUGAGAACGAGCUGGGGCUGAUCAGGGAUGGCGCCAAGUCCCCGCAGAAGAAGCCAAAGAUCAGCAAGCAGACGAAGCGCGAGGCCAUGGAGAACUACUUGAAGAUCAUCUACAAUAGGGAGCGUGUACAGCUCCUUCCAGAAGACCCAUUCCUAGAAGAUAUCGUCAAUGCAAGACUACAGCCACAGAAGGAGUCAGACGUUGAGGAGGACAGGUACAGGCCGGCGUCAUCACAAGGCACGUUUCUGGAGGAGGUGGGAGGACAGCGACUGUCUGCGAGGACUGGCCAUCGUCCUAUCACCGGGGGCUUUGUCCCCAACUCCGUGCUGCUGAAACUACUCUACCCGCAGCCUUCGUCACUUCCUGAACCCUCGACCUCCAAACCCUACCGCCCACCCGAGUUGACGGCCAAGCAGCUGUCCGAGAUCCGGGCACUGCGAAAGCAUGGAGAUGACACCUACAGCACCGGACGUUCGGUGACCUUCGCUGAGACAGAGGAAUCGUUCGAUCUUUCGGCGCGGGUGAUUGAGUUCGAUCUGGACGAGGAGGAGGAGGAGGAGGCUUCAAGGCUGGCCGGCACGGCUUCCAUGGCGUCAGAGAAGGAGAAGUCGGAACGAGAGCUGACCACCGUCUCCCUGCCUUCUGUGCAUGUGUCAGAAGCAGCCUCAGCCCCAACGCCUGUCAGCACUCAGUCGACCAUCCUGCAGACGGUCAACCGCAAGAAGAAAGUCGUCAAAAUCAAGGAGGAAGAAGAGGACGAAGAGGAAUUAAGUGAGUCGUCACGUGGCCAGUCCAACCUCAUGGCGAAAAUCAAGGACAUCAUGACAAAACCACCUUCUCCCAAGGUACCAGAAGAGCCUGAGGCACCUCCUGCUUCCCCGGAGCCACAGCCGUCACCAACGGCGCGUGAGCCGCAGCAGCCUCUGAGACCGAUCAAGAAACUUGUCAGCCGACCCAGGGUUCAGGUGGUCACGCCCCCAGCUCCGAGGUCACCAACGCCAGCGCCUCCACCAACACCUCUUCCGGUUUUCAUUGCUCAGUUCGUGGACGAGGAGUGGUUUGUGAAGUACUUCCCGAACUGUAACGCAACGACCAUGCCCAAGCCGUGGAGCAGCGAUGUUUUCAUCACCAUGAUCAUCAAACUGCUGCGCUUCGCCCCCUUCCCCGACAAGACGUGUGUGGCGGAGGCCAUUGCCCUAGUCCACAACCAGGAGCCGCUGUCGGAAGUCACGUGUCAAGCGGCCCAGAAGAUGCUGCUGACUGGCCUCAACCACUACACCCACCCGCCUAAUCCCUCCGUCCCGAAGGAGAAAGUCUUCAUUAUGGCGGCCUUGAGGGCGCUGAGGUCCUGGGGAUGUGACAAGGACUUCGUCUUGGAGAUGUUAGCGCAGUUUCUGGACGGCGAUCAAGAAAUCAGAGCCGUCGUUAUGGACUCCCUAAGGUUCAUCGGCAUGCAUGACCCUCACCGUCAGGUGCAGAAAGAGCUCGACUCGUGGGACAUCUGGAAUCUAGGCGAGGCCGACCGCAAAAAGGGGCUUCUGAGUUUGUGCGGCCAGUGGCUGGACAGAUGGAUGACGUCCUACAAGCUACACAUCAAAGACACCGUGGAGCGGCUGCAGAAGGGCCAGAAUGUGCAUGGACGCCUGUCACGUGAAGCGCUGGUGUCACGAGGCACUUUGACCAGAGCUUCCCAAAAAGGAAGUGCGGUGCAAUAUGCAGAGACUGUGACGUCACAGCCAGGAAGUGAGAUGUCCCUCACAAUUACCAUUGACCACCCGGACAUGGAGGCAGGGGACAACGCCACCUACCUGGACGUUCUGAACUACUUCUGCGAGAUCAUGACGGAGAAGGAGGUGGAGGCGCUGCGCCGAGGGGAGGAGCUUCGCCGCAGUUCCGAUCAUGAGUCUUGCCAAUCAAAUAAGAACACGGUCCUCGUCUUGCCCAAGAUCGACAAAAAGCCGGCUCUGGUCCGCCUAGGAGAGACUCACACCAGCAAGUGCCGCCCGAAGCGAGAAACGGUCUUCAGCGCCAAUUACGCUGAAAUGAUGAUGCAGAGCAAGGCCAAGCAGCUCCCACCUGGCAGCCUAGAGGGCUUCGUGCCUUGCAUCAACCUGCCCAUGAAGACUGUGUACCUCAACCCCUUCCCCAGCGCCAUCGAUGUCAACGACCCGCGGUUCUCGGAGCCCAUCCUUAUCACCCUCAGGACCACGCAGAAAUACUUCUUCCCUUCACAGUCGUGUGUAGAGUCCGAGUCCUAGCUCUUUAGUCAGAUAAUAAAAAAUAAUAGUGGCAAGUUUUCAUCAGUACAGUUCUUCCAUGAGCAUUUUAUUUCAAGACUGAGAGCAAGAUAUUUUCUUUCCUCUCUCACACUCAUUCUGUGUGAUAUCAUCUGUCGCCAGCACGGCACUUACCACCAACAACCAACCGUCCUCCCUCGCCCUGCGCGUGCGUGAGUGAUUGCAUGAGUGCGUGUUUUGUGUUCCUCGCCACGUCCGUUUGUGUGUGUAUGCGUGAAUUUAAAUGAUUUACAGUUCCCUUGCUUUAAAACAGACUGGUUCAUGAACAUUUUCCCCAACCCUUGAGAACACUGUCCUCGUGAUCAAGAGCGAGGCCUCGUCACGAAAGUGUGUGGGCCACACCUUGCAUGGGGUUAGGUCCUGGUUAAACACUACCGAGGGCUAGUCAGACGACUGUCUUGCGUUUGGAAGGGAUGGACUCGAAGCUGAUGUAUUGGCGAGGAAAUUGAGAUCACUUAACAAUUCUUUAGUACGCAUAAUUUUUAUAUGAAGACCGAUAUAGUGUAGACUCUAUUUCGGUUUCCUGACUAUGCUUCUUUACAUUCUUGUGCAAUAUUUGGGCAUAGUAGUGGGCUUUAGUUCACGAAACGAAAGCAGGUGUCGUUGAAAAUAAUUAUGAAAGAAUUGUUGGUGAUACAUUGACAGUGUUUUGAGCUUGUACAUUGUCCAACACAACUUUUAAACUGGAAGCAAAUAUUUUUAUACUGAGCCGUGCUUGAAACGUCACGGCUGUAUUUAUCAUGUCUCGCUUAACAUCCAGUUGAUUUUCAACACUCGAGAACCUAAAUACUGUUCUUUUAUCUUGGUAGAUGACAAAGAAAAUGUACAUUAAGCAAUAAAAAAACGUUUGUAAAUUGAUAAGCGUUUUCUUCUACAUUAAUAUAUGCUGCUUUACAGUUUGGAUUCUAGUAAGAUUUUUUUUCCUUUAACUUUUAUUUUAGUGGAGUAUAAGGGGGUGGGUAGGUGGGUCUCCAUCCUUUGUUCACCUGUUGGAUGACUAGAAUUCAAACAGCGUCAUGUUUUACAAAUGACACAAGACACAGGUGUUUGAACAAGCUUCAAGGGCUUUUGUGGUCACCUGCUUUUGUGUCCUUGCGUUCCCCCCUCUGUCUUUUCUUUUCGACUCUCACUCCAUCCCUGCCUUCUUCUUCCAUAUCUCUUCCUCUCUUUUUUCUCUUUCUUUCUCUCUCGGAUGUAUUUCUGCCAUCUUGAGUUGUAUUUAGAGCGAUUGCUCCGGCCUAUAGUGACUGGAUUGUUCUUGUUGCAUGUCGCAAAAAUAAAGGUUUGAAGCGGUUAGGCAGCGACGAAUAUAAGCACGGGUUUGUGAAUUCAGUCCGUUAGUUAUCAUUAGUUUGUGCGUGCAUGUGUGUGUGGGCGUGUGCCCUUAGGAGCGUGUGUAAAGUGGAUACUCAGAAGUUAAUAUGUUAUGAUUUAAUGUGUGAGACUUGAGAUGCUUUGCUGUUCAUCAUUUCUUUUAUUUUUUAUAUUUAAUUUAAAUUUUUUUAACAUCGUGUUCUUCUGGAGGUCACCAUUCAUCUGUGAUAAUGAUUUCUGCAUUGCCUUCAGUCGUUGCUGCUUUUUUAAAUUUUAUUAUCAUUAAUGUCCAUUCACGUGAAUAACAAGUUUGCAGGAAUAAAGUAUCAUCGCCUUUUCUGUAAUUUUGAUUUGUACUUAAUUUUAUUUACAUAAAUAUUUUUGAAUGAUACGUUGUGACUUUUAUCUGUAUGAGUAUAUAUCUUCAUAUAUACCACACUAUACAAUGCGGCUGGUUUUAAUUUAUGGAGAUUUAAUAAGCCUGUGAUAUAAAUAUAAAAAAUAGUGGUGUAAAGUGCUCGCACAAAAUUCAUAUUACAAUUUCCACAGCAUUAUUAAAAAUAAUAAUCAUGUAAACAAAGUCCAGAUUAAAGUCUUUAUAACUCUU